AAACCAAAUCAGUUACAAGUUAAAGAUAGACACACAGACUACACAGCAUCUUGGGCAGGGGGUUAAAUUUGAGACUCUUACUGAUCUGUGGAUUUCUGGAACUUUCCUCUUGCCUCCUCCAGGACUUAGUUCCCAUUUCUUCAGACAAUGUACUGGAAUUAUUAGGGAGGGUGAGCUGAUCAUGGUGCAAACCACAGGAAUGAUUGAAGAUUGUGGGAAGAGAGGAGCUACCAUGGCAGAAAGGAGGCAGCUGUUUGCAGAAAUGCGGGCUCAAGAUCUGGAUCGUAUCCGUUUGUCCACCUACCGAACAGCAUGUAAGCUUAGAUUUGUGCAGAAGAAAUGCAACUUACACCUAGUGGACAUUUGGAAUGUCAUAGAAGCACUGCGGGAAAACUCACUGAACAACCUGGACCCAAAUAUAGAGCUGAAUGUGGCUCGACUCGAAGCUGUGCUGUCCACUAUUUUUUACCAACUCAACAAACGUAUGCCAACAACCCACCAGAUCAAUGUAGAGCAAUCCAUCAGUUUACUGCUCAACUUUUUGCUGGCAGCUUUUGAUCUAGAAGGACAUGGAAAAAUAUCUGUGUUUGCUGUCAAAAUGGCCUUGGCAACACUUUGUGGAGGAAAGAUUAUGGAUAAAUUAAGAUAUAUAUUCUCAAUGAUUUCAGACACUAGUGGGAUAAUGGUGUAUGGAAAAUAUGAUACGUUUUUGCGAGAAGUUCUUAAACUGCCCACUGCAGUCUUUGAAGGUCCUUCUUUUGGUUAUACAGAACAAUCUGCAAAGUCUUGUUUUUCUCAACAGAAAAAAGUCACACUGAAUGCUUUUUUGGAUACUCUUAUGUCCGAUCCUCCACCACAGUGUCUUGUCUGGUUACCACUUCUACACCGAUUGGCAAAUGUUGAGAAUGUCUUCCACCCUGUUGAGUGUUCCUAUUGCCAUAGUGAGAGCAUGAUGGGAUUUCGCUAUCGAUGCCAGCAAUGUCACAAUUACCAGCUCUGUCAAGAUUGCUUCUGGAGGGGACAUGCCAGUGGUUCCCAUAGCAACCAGCACCAAAUGAAAGAAUACACGUCAUGGAAAUCACCUGCUAAGAAGCUAACUAAUGCACUUAGCAAGUCUUUAAGCUGUGCUUCCAGCCGUGAACCUUUGCACCCAAUGUUCCCUGAUCAGCCUGAAAAACCUCUAAACUUGGCCCAUAUAGUGCCUCCCAGACCAGUCACCAGCAUGAAUGACACACUGUUCUCCCACUCAGUUCCCUCAGGAAGCCCUUUCACAAACAGAAGGUUACAGUAUAGCCUCGAUGUUGCAGACAGGCUGGCUGAUGAACAUGUUCUCAUUGGGUUGUAUGUCAACAUGCUCCAGAACAACCCCUCACGUUUGCUUGACAGCCCAAACCGUUUAGAUGAAGAACACAGACUGAUUGCCAGGUAUGCAGCAAGACUGGCAGCAGAGACCACUUCAUCACAGCCACAACAGCAACCACAACAAAGAGGUGCUCCAGAUAUCUCAUUCUCUAUCGAUGCAAAUAAACAACAACGACAGCUUAUUGCAGAACUUGAAAAUAAGAACAGAGAAAUCUUGCAAGAGAUUCACAGGCUACGGCUUGAACAUGAGCAGGCAUCUCAGACCACCCCAGAGAAGGCAGCACAAAAUCCUACCCUCCUGGCAGAACUUCGCCUCUUGAGACAGAGGAAAGAUGAGUUGGAACAGAGGAUGUCAGCUCUUCAGGAAAGCCGAAGAGAACUCAUGGUUCAAUUAGAAGGCCUCAUGAAACUACUCAAGGAAGAAGAACUGAAGCAGGGAACCCAAGGGGCAGGCUCUCCUCGCUCAUCCCCCAGCCACACUAUCAGUCGGCCAAUUCCAAUGCCUAUCCGAUCUGCAUCUGCCUGCUCAACUCCAGCCCAUACACCACAAGAUUCUCUGACCGGGGUGGGAGGAGAUGUGCAAGAAGCUUUUGCACAAGGUACAAGAAGAAAUUUAAGAAAUGACUUGUUGGUAGCUGCUGAUUCAAUCACCAAUACCAUGUCUUCUCUGGUGAAAGAGUUAAACUCAGAAGUUGGAAGUGAGACAGAAAGUAAUGUGGAUUCAGAAUUUGGUCGGACUCAUUUUGAUGACCUUGUUCCAUCACCAACUUCUGAAAAGGCUUUCCUGGCACAAAUCCAUGCCCGGAAGCCAGGAUAUCUUCACAGUGUAGCUGCUCCUGGAACCAUUCGCAGUGAUAUGGUUACAGAGGAUGGAGAUCCUUAUGUUAGAGCUGAUGAUGAGAACUACGAAAAUGAUUCUGUCCGCCAACUAGAGAAUGAGCUCAAGAUGGAGGAAUAUUUGAAGCAGAAACUGCAAGAUGAAGCUUAUCAGGAAAGCUGCAGUCAAAUGGAUAAUGAAAGUGAUGUAAGAACUGAGGAGGGGAAGGAAGAAGAAGCGGAGGAGGAGGAGGAAGAGAACACUCAGACUAAUGACAAAGAUAGCCUAGCUGCCAACUUAAAGGAAGAAGUGAAAAAUCAAGUGCAGCCUCUCUAACCAACUAGGUCUCCAGACUGUAGCACAGUUAUUUUGUUUGACAAGUUGUAGUUUGUAGGAGUUUCUUUUGAAAAUUAAAGAACCAUGAUUUUUAUUUAAAGCUAACUUAUAUCAGCUACAUCAUAUGUAACAUGGCUUAUUAUUGGUGAAGAACACUGGCUGUACUAACAAAAUACAAACCCUUUGCACAUAGUUUUAAACCUGUUCAGUUUACAAUGACAAUACUGUUUAUAUUAGGAGUUUGAUUUCUGAAUAGUUUGAGAUUUUAGAACACUUUCCUAUACACUGUACAUUGUUUUUCCAUGGAGGGAAUUUUAAAACUAUAAUGAUGCAUUUAUCGUUGAAUAAAUAUACUCCUGUGUGUACAUAUUUAUAGCCCAAAAAUGAACUAUAGUUGCAAUACUGAGCCCAACCACAUUUGCAGAAUUCUCACAGAUACUACUGGGACUUGCAUACAUGUUGAGAUACAAUAUUGUAUCCUUGGAUAGCAAUUUGUCUUUAAUAUUUCUGCAAAAUAAAUAAAUAAAAUGAAAAUUUAAAAACAAACCUGUACAAAAUGCACUAAAAAGUAUCUCUAUGACUUAGGGCUACUACAUAACUUACGAAUAUUUUCUUUCAAGGUAUAAUCUAACAAAUCAGCCAUAGAAGUUAGUGUAAAUAUUUUCUUUCCAAAUAGAAAUCAUAUACAAAAGACAACAUUCAAAUUAUAUAGAAUCUAGUUUUUAAAAAUCAGUACAGAUCUUCUUAAAACUGUGAACUAUGUUUUGAAAUACUUGUUACUAAAGCUGUUUAUAAACCACAGGUGCCAUAAACUCCCUAACUAAUUGUAUAAUCUUCAUGGUAUUAUUUUGUUGCAGUUUUAGGACUUCCUUUCACAUUAUCUCCACCCUUCAUAUCUUGUUGGUUGAGGCCUUCAGCUUUAAAUGUACAGGCUUUAAAAGAUUGCUUGCAACUACUUUCUUUUCUUAUUUUUGAAUGUGCAUUGCCUUAGUCAACCACCAGUUGUUUUGCGUGCAUUCUUGGGAAUGGGUCAGGGGUAUCCGCAGGGUAUAGUCAAAAAAUCAAGUUAGCUGCCACGCACAUCUUGCAAUGUAUAUAAACAGGCAGAGCUUUGAUCACGCUAUCAUGGCUGCCAUCUUGCCUUUUUUGAUCUUACUCUGGGGACACUCCUGGAAUGGGUAGAGAGACUUUUUCGGGGGCUGAAUGGGGGUAAUCUGCUAAAUAUGAAAAGCACAGGGAGGGGAGGUGUGUCCUUUUAAAAAAGAAAAAAAAACAUGUAAUUAAAACUAUCACUUUUGAGUAAAUCUCAACAUCCUAUUUAAAUAAUAACAGGGAGGAGAUUGCUCCUAUGAAAAUUUUAAAUGGAAAAGUUACUUUGCAAUCCUAUUUUCUCUAUACAGUGAACUAGUUACAAGCAACUUUUAGUCCAGAAGAAAACAGCAAAUAAUCUAGACAUUGUUAAGUUUUUAGGGCAAUGUUUUAUUAAUGGUGCAACAAUUCUAAUAUUAAGCAUGAGUUAAGAAUAGCUCAAAUCUGUAAAUCCAAAGUUAUUAUUAAAAAUGCCCCUCCUAAAACUCUUGCAUAUAUACUGCAUUGUCCAAAUUAAAAGCUGAAUCUUCCUGUUGAUUCUGCUAGGGACAUGCUUCAGAUCAAAGAUAUAUGAAUGAAAUAACUCUUUCCCACACAUGCACAGAAUAAUUGCUAUUCCCGGCAUCUUCCUUCUUGUGUCUUUUUCAGCAUUGUCUCUAUGUUGUCAAAUCACAGAAUUUAGAGAACAGCAGAAAAUAAAAGAUGUUUACAUAGAGACACCCCAGCAACCCCACCUUCGCAAUAAUUACUCUUUACUCCAGUAGUGUCUACUAUCUUCACAUGGUGGAUACAUAAUCUUUGACAACUUACCUCUCCUACACCCUUCUCUCAGGAACUGGUUACUCUCUACUAGUGCCUAGCACACAUCAGUUAAUACUAUGACAGUAUAUUGGCAAUUCUUGCUGACAGCUCAGGACUCCAGCCAAGUAUUUCCUAAAGAGAAGCAAAAUUGUAUGAAGAUCUAAAUCCAGCUACAUACCUACAGUUAAGAGUAGUGAUUGUUUUCUCUGAUACAGUCCUUAAUUUACACAUCCACAUUGCAUGUAAAACACAUGCAUGAGUUUAAACUUUGGAAAAUCUGUGCAACGCUGUUAUUGUUGUCGCAACAUAUGCUCUUAGCCUGGUUUCAGCACAGAAUCCCCAAAGCAGAGCUUUAGGUGGCCUCUUACACUCUGGAACUCCAAGUUGAAGCACUUUUUCAUUUGCCUCCAAAACCAAAACCUAAUUUACUACAUCAACCAGUGUUAAGCUGACAGUGGCUCAGCUUGGGCAAUAUUUUCCCCCGAUUUCUCUCCAGCAUGUUGUUGGAAGCAAAACUGUGUUAUCAUCUAACACACUUGUUCAAUUUCUUGGGCCACUAGAGGUGGGUACAACGUUUGAAUAAAGAUAUCCUUGCAUAAAACUCCAUUAAUGAAGGACUUAGAUAGCCUGUUUCUAUAUUUUAUUUGUGCUGUUACAAGACCUAAUGGAAUAGGAUUUUAUGUGGAUAUCCCUUAUUCAGAUGUACAUCAAUGUGAAUGCCCGAGGAAUACAUGCCCCAGGCUAGUGUUGCAGACAUAUUUUUCCAUGCACAAUGAAACAAGCAUGUAGAGGAAUCCUGAAGUGAGAGUUUUGUCCCAGUUGGGCCAAUGUUUUAGCCCACUCAGUCUUUGUUUGCUAAACUUGUUUGGAUGGUGAACUUCCAAGUUAUUGGAAUGGUUGAACUAGCCAUUUAUCAUUUUUCAUGGCUAAUUACUGUAGCCAAAAACUCCUUGUGGAUUGUUAAUGGAAGGAUCAUUAAGAGGCAGGAAUUAGAAUGUGAAGAUGAGCAGGAUUCUUGAAUGUUGGAAGAAAAGAGAGGAUAGAAUCUCUGUAAGUAGUAAUGUUAACUUAAAAACUGCAUUAAAAGGUGUGUGGCCUUUGUUGUGAUAAUACGUAUUUUCUUAUAUGCAUGAGACAAAAUGUGGCAUCAUUAUUUAGCACAGAUGUCUGCCUUUUACUUUAGCCACGUUCCCCCAUUCUUACAAGUUGCUUGGAAUUGCUGUAGAUAGAUCUUGUAAAUACCACAACUGCAGGUUGCAGCAGUUAGGUUGGUUCAGGUCAGUGCCAGAGCUUUGAAUGACAAGAUGGGAAUUUGUGAACCAAAAAGUAUGAAGAAUGACAUCUUGAAGCUACUAACUGUCUGAUGUUUUUAACUACUGUCAUUUCACACCAGUCUGGACAGACACUGCAAAUUUUACAUUAUUCAUUGGUAUUGUAAACAGAACUACUAUUGUAUGGGGGUUUUUUGUAUUGCUGUUAAGUAUUGUUUUGUGUGUGUGUGCGUGUGUGUGUGUGUUAAGCCUACUGGGGACAUAUUUUGAAGUGAUUAAACUAUUUAAUUGUGUGUCUAUAUUUUGGAAUGAAAUUAUUUCUUCAUUAAAAAAAGAAUUUUUAAAAGGAA